CCGAUCGGCCGUUGCGCCGCGCGGGCCAUAACCCCUUUCCUGUAGCUCCUGCGUCUCCGGCGGCGCCGUUGGCGACUUGGCGUUGAGUUGAGUCGCCUCAUGUCCGGGGAGCUGCGGCUGCUGCUGCUGCUUUUGGUGGUGGCUCUGCGUCUGCUGCGGGCGAGCGCCGAGGUCGCCGGCGAGGCGGGGACGGAGGCGGCCGGCGGGUUGCAGGUUGGGUUCUACCGCGCGACGUGCCUCGUCGCGGAGGAUGUCGUGCUGGCCGAGAUGAGGGUGAUCCUCGAGGAGGAUCCCACGCUCGCGCCGUCGCUGCUCCGGAUGCACUACCACGACUGCUUCGUGCAGGGGUGUGAUGGAUCGAUCAUGCUCAGGUCGAGGAGUGGGAAGGGGGAGAGGGACGCGACGCCGAACCGGAGCAUGCGAGGCUACGACGCCAUCAACCGGAUCAAGGCGAGGCUGGAGAGCGUCUGCCCGCUCACCGUCUCCUGCGCCGACAUCAUCGCCAUGGCGGCGAGAGACGCCGUCUACCUGAGCAAGGGGCCGUGGUACGACGUGGAGACCGGGAGGAGGGACGGCGGCGUGAGCGUGGCCGAGUACGCGGAGAACGACCUGGCGCCGCCGGACUCCAACAUCGUCGACGUGAAGACCUUCUUCAGCGUCAAGUCGCUCAGCGCCAAGGACAUCGCCGUGCUCUUCGGGAGCCACAGCAUCGGGACGUCGCACUGCGGGGCGUUCCAGAAGCGGCUGUACAACUUCACCGGCACCGGCAGGAUGGACCAGGACCCGUCGCUGGACGCCGGCUACGCGGCGAAGCUGAAGAAGCUCUGCCCGCCGGGGCACGGCCACAGCCAUGGCGGUGCCAAGGUGCCCAUGGACCCCGGCAGCGGCUUCACGUUCGACCUGAGCUACUACCGGCACGUCCUCGCGACGGGGGGCCUGUUCCAGUCGGACGGCAGCCUCCGCGACGACCCCGUCACGAGGGGCUACGUCGAGAAGCUGGCCAACGCGUCGUCGCCGGACGAGUACUUCGCCGACUUCGCGUCGGCGAUGGUCAAGAUGGGCCGCACCGACGUGCUCACCGGCCGUCUCGGGGAGGUCAGGCCGACGUGCGACACCCUCGUCGACUAGCUUGAUUCAGGGUUGCACAGCAUUUGAUCCGUAGAAUAUGGAUGGCCGUAGAUCGAUUCACGGGCAUUUUAGGAUGAACUCCAGUUGAACUAAAUGAACUAAAUUUUAUCUUGUGGUAAAACUUAGUUCAUUUUGUUAAACUGGAACGGACCCUAAACUAUUCGCGGGUCGACCCAUCCUUACUGUAGAAGUAUAUGGUUUUCUCUGUAACAUAUCUACUUUGACUUGAUCCAGAAACUUGUAAGCAGUUUCUACGCUUUUGAUCUGACGACAUCGAUUGUAACAAUGUAUGAAUCAGGGUUAUAAACUUGCCAGACAAGUACUACAUAUACUAAUGAAUUUGUAUAAGUUUGAUGACAAA